AUGUAUUCAUCCCCAGGUUUUCACCAUAAUAAUCAUCACAUUGAAGGAUCAUAUCUGGUUAAGCGGAGCGCAUUUUCGAAGAGGUUUCUGCGUGGAUGGGCAGAUUAUGAGUCCUUGCUUCCGAGAUCCUUCCAUGGAAGGGAUAAUGGAGCUAUUCACAUGUGGUUGAUCAAACAAUUGCCCUGGCUUGAUGGUAAACAAUGUGAAAUACUGUGGAAUGCUUCGACAGGUUACCUCACCCUAUCAUACUUUACUGUAUGUUGUCGUGAAGUGUUGCAGGCAGCAAAUUUCUCUAACAUUCGUAUUCUGGAGAAGAACUCUUCUGGAUGGAAAAUGCACCAGGGACAAGCAUGGGCUCGAGAUUCAUGGCUUACGAACAGUCACUGGAACCCCGAGGUCGACUUCAUGUUCCAUGUAAGAAAAGAAGUAGACAAGCAACCCUACGAAGCGAAUGACAUCGGGCAAGUUUUUAUCAUGGAAAAAGUGCUUAUCGAUUGGUGGGAUCGCGCAAGUUGGUCGCUCAUGGCGCCCAUCGGCAAUCGGUCGCCGCGAAAAGGUGGUGCAUAUUACAUCAGGGCGGUAUGA